AGUCCCAUCGUUUGCCCAAGGUUAAGAGGACAAGAGUAACUGGACUUUCUCCAAGAUGUCCUAUCAGAAACACUGGAAGAAAUGGCAGCUUCCUGCCAAGUGCCUCCCCAAAUAUCCAUCCAAGUGGGCCCCUCAGGCUCCUGCUUCAUGUCCAGCUCCAUGCCCCCCUCCAGCUCCCACCUGCUGUGUUCCCAGUUGCUGUAUUUCUGGCUUUGGAGGCCACUGCUCUCUAGUUUCACUCCGGUUUCCACGAUUCUACCUGCGUCAGCCCCAGCAUUCUGACUGUUGUGAGCACGAGUCUUCUAGAUGUUCCACUUGCCAUAGCUCUGGAGACUGCAGCUGACCUGUGACCUUUGAGGAACCAAAGAACCACAACCAAGGACCCGCCUGAGUUGAUGUCUUCCCUCACUAUUACUCUCCUUCCUUCUCCUCCUGAACUCAGCUGCCUAGCUCCAUAGGUGAUGGGCUCCGCCUUUUGCUGAGAACCUCAGGCCUCUUGGCCUUGGCUGUGUUCCUAGAUCAAGGAGACCUGCAUGCAAAAGAAAAAUCUGCUUUUUGAAGCCUGAUCAGUGUGCUAAAAUAAAGCUUAUCUUUCCUGGUGCCCUA